AUCUCUUUAUAAUCAUUCUUCUGCAGUUAAAAAAUCAAACAACAAAUAUUAUUUAUCUUAUCUAUAGCAAAAUAUUAUUCAUAAAUAAUUUGAUAAAAAGAAAGAUCUUUCUCAAUUACAUUAUAAUAAUUCGACAAUUUUUUUUCUUCUUCAGUUUUUAUCGAACACUCGUCAAAAAUGGAACUUAUAAAUAUUUUGGCAUCAAUUACAUUUGUUCUUGUUCUCAUAUACAUUUAUCUAUCAUGGCAAUAUAAUUAUUUCAAAAAACGAGGAAUACCAACGGCAAAAGGAAUAAUUCCCGGAUUAGGUCACAGUUUACCAUUAAUAACUGGUCAAAAAAGUAUUGCAUCAUUUUACGAAAAAUUCUACAACGAUACCAAAGAAUACAGUAUGUGUGGAAUAUAUCAAUUUUGUUCACCGGUACUUUUAAUUCGUGAACCAGAAUUAAUAAAAAAUGUUCUCUUAACAAAUUUCUCAUCAUUCAAUAAAAAUCCGUUUAAACUCAAUUGUCCUGAAAAAGAUGAACUUCUCAGUUUAAAUCCAUUUUUUGCGAACGAAGAAAAAUGGAAGGAAGUACGUUCACCAUUUACAAAUAGUUUCUCUGGUAUGAAAUUAAAAUUAAUGUUUCCCCUCGUACAAAAAGUUGGUGUCAAAAUAAAUAAUUAUUUGCACAAACAAUUGAAAAUAAAAAAUGGAAUAUUUGAUAUAAAUUUAAAAAAAUUGUGUAAUAAAUUUACGGGCGAAGUAUCAUCAACUGGAAUGGGUAUUGAGGCUAAUAAUUUUCAUGAAGAAUUACAAUCAAAUAAUAAUAUGUCGUAUAAUCAAAUAAUUGAUAAACUUUUUGAACCACCUUCCUCUAGUAUUGGAAUUCCAGUGAUGAUUCUAUUUUUUCUACCAUCAUUAGCGAAAUUAUUGAAAUUUUCCUUAACACCAAAAGUGGUUGAUCAAUAUUUUCGACAAAUUUCCAAAACAAUUAUCAAUAAACGAAAAGAGGAGAAUUUAGUUUACAAUGAUUUUGUACAAUUUAUGAUGGAUUAUCAAAAAUUACAUAAUACAAAUGUGAAUGAAGAAACAUUAACAGCAGCACAAAUGUUGUCGUUUGCUAUGGAUGUUUAUGAAACAACAGCAAUCACAAUGAGUUAUUUAAUUAUGGAUUUGGCGAGUCGACCUGAAAUUCAAGAUAAAGUACGUCACGAAAUUUGUACAUUAAUUGAAAAAUAUAAUGGUGAAUUAACAUACGAUGCUUUAAAAGAAAUGACAUAUUUGGAAAAAGUUUUAAAUGAAUCGCAAAGAAUAAAUCAUAUUAUUGGUGUAUUUUUUAAAAUUUGUACAAAACAAACAAAACUUGAGGGAUCAGAUGGAUUAUCAUGUUUUGUUGAACCAGGACAAACAAUUGCAUUUUCUGCCUAUGGAAUUCAUAUGGAUGAAAAAUAUUGGCAAGAACCUGAAAUAUUUAAUCCAGAAAGAUUUAAUGACGAUGAAAAAAGUACGAGGCAUAAAUUUACUUUUCUACCAUUUGGUGAAGGGCCACGAAUUUGUGUGGGAAUGAGAAUGGCUGUUAUUUUAAUAAAAUUAGCAGUUUCUUCAAUUUUAAAAGAUUUUUCUGUUCAUGUUUCAUCUAAAAUGAUUUAUCCAAUGCAAAGGGAUGAAUCGAGUUUUCUAAAUUCUCCAAAAGGUGGAUUUUGGGUGAAUAUGCAACCAUUGAAAACUGAUGUUUUAUCUAGUGAGUAAAUUGUUGCUAAAAAUUCGAAACAAUAGAUUUUAAAAUUAUUGUUAUCAUGUUUUCAAUAUUCAAUUUAUUGUUAGGUUACCAUAGUAAAAAUAAAUAUAUUGUAAUUUGUUAAUAUAUCUUUUAAAAAGAUUUUUAAUCUGUAUACAUCUGACUAAAGACAUAGAGAUAAGAUUUAAUAAAAUAAUUUUAAUCAA